AUGGAGAAUUACAGAGAUGAGAGAAAAGAGUUGCUUGAAAAGCCUCUCUCUGAGGAUUUUGAAGUUCUUGAUGAGAAGAAGGGUGGUUUCAGGACUUUGCCUUUCAUAAUUGGCAUCGAGGCACUAGAGAAGAUGGCGAUCUUCGGGCUAUCGCCAAACAUGACUUUGUACCUCAUGAAUGAGUAUCACUUGGAACUGACUGCCGUGUCGAAUGUGCUGUUUCUAUGGUCAUCGGCCACGAACUUCAUGACCCUUGUCGGGGCCUUGGCCGCCGAUUCUUACUUGGGAAGAUUCCGAACAAUCGGAAUCGGAUCCAUCGUCUGCCUAAUAGGCACGACACUCCUUUGGUCGACAGCUGUCUUCCCGCACACGAAGCCACCACCGUGCGACCGAACUACGUUCAGCACGUGCUUUGCCCCAACAUUUUCGCAGCUCGUAUAUCUUUGCUUGUCUUUCGUGCUCAUCACAAUCGGGGCUGGUGGCAUCCGGUCUUCGUGCUUGGCCUUCGGGGCCAAUCAACUCGAAAGAGAAGAUUUUCGGAAGAGGUUGGGCUUAAGGGAGAGCUAUUUCGGGUGGUACUAUGCGGCUUACGCGCUCUCGACCCUCGUAGCCUUGACAUGUGUUGUCUACGUUCAAGACAACAUGGGAUGGGGAAUCGGCCUUGCGGUCCCCGUUGCUUUGAUGUUCGUGGCCGUGGUUAUCUUCUUUUUAGGUUCGAAUCUUUAUGUGAAAGUGAGGGGAGAGCCGAGCUUGGUCGUUGGUUUCGUCCGGGUGGCAGUGGCCUCAUUUAGGAACCGAUAUUAUGAAAUGUCGGACGGCGUUGAUUGCGCGUGGCAUUGUAGAGAUGAGUCGGAUCUUGCUUCCCCGAGCCAAAGUUUAAGGUUUUUAAAUAAGGCAUGCGUCGUUAGGGAUCCGGAGGAAGAUCUAACAAUCGAUGGGAAUGCCAAGAACCCGUGGAGACUCUGCGCCGUCGAUCAAGUUGAAGAGCUCAAAGCCCUAAUUCGAGUUAUGCCGAUAUGGUCGACUAGGAUUAUCAUGUCAGUAACCAUGAGCCAAACCACAUUCCCCAUACUCCAGACCGCCUCAAUGGACCGAAAGAUCACCUCAAGUUUCUCGAUACCGCAAGCCUCAUUCAGCACAUUUAAAGUUAUAGCCGCCAUACUGUGGAUCGUGGUCUACGACCGUGUGUUUCUCCCCUUAGCAUCGAGAAUCAAGAAAAAACCCUUGCGAAUAAGCACUACAAGGAGGAUGGGAAUUGGGAUUUUCAUAUCAUUCUUGGCCAUGACAACCUCAUUCGUCGUGGAAUUCACUCGUAGGUCAGUCGCGUGGCGAGAGGGUAGCUCGACUCACAUGUCAGCCCUGUGGUUGGUCCCACAAUACUGCCUCAUUGGAUUCGCAGUGGCCUCAAACGCGAUAGCUCAAAAUGAGUUUUACUUUUCUGAGCUCCCGAGGAGCAUGUCGAGCAUAGCUCUCACGUUGAACGGGUUUGGGGAGUCGUUAGCGAGUUUGGUCGCGAGUUUCGUGAUGAAUAGCGUGGAUGCUUUGUCGAGUGCAGGCGGGGAAGAGAGUUGGAUAUCGAGCGAUAUCAACAAGGGACACUAUGACUAUUACUACUUGGUUCUAGUUGGGUUGGGCAUGGCUAACAUGAUCUACUUUGUUUUGUGUAGUAGAGCUUAUGGGCCAUUGAAGGACGGAAUAGAGAAAGAAUAG